AGAGGGAAUGGUGAUUCACCACUACUGACGGAGGAAACAUGUUCUUGGUAGCUAGGUUACCUAUCGGUUCAGCGAUUUCUAUAUAAUGGGUUCCGUAUAGCUUGUUUAAACUGUGAUGAGAUUAUGCAUACUAAAAUGGCCCUUUUAGCUUGACACUGCGAGCAGCUUCUAAAGGCUUCCGAUCAUUUUUGCCAGUCUAGGGAUUUGUUUGUGAUGAUGGAGCACAUCCGGCUGCCAAAGGUUGAAAGAGUCCAGUUAGCGGACAGAAGCUCUUCUCGAAGAGCACAAGUUGGGACACUGUAUUUGACAGCUUUUCAUACGAUCUUUGUAGAUAAUGAGGUCCACAAUGAAUUAUGGGUGCUUCAUAGUUUAGUGUGUAAUGUUGAGAAGCUAAGCAUUACUUCUUGUGGAUACCCGCUUCUCAUACGGUGCAAGAAUUUCCAGGUCAUUCAACUGCUCAUCCCCAAAGAGAACGACUGCAAUGAUGUUUUUGUGUCUCUCUUACGUCUCUCUAGGACAGAACGGUAUGAGGAACUUUAUUGCUUCUCCUUCAUGCCAAAUGUUGACAAGGCUGCGAGGGGCCAGGCUUGGGACUUUCUAAACCUGAAAGCUGAAUACAAUCGUAUGGGAGUGUCAAAUAAGUUAUGGCAUACCACCUCCGUCAACCGAGAAUACAGAGUGUGCGAUACUUAUCCUGCUGACCUGUAUGUGCCCAAAUCUGCCAGCCUCCCCGUCAUCGUAGGGAGCUCCAGGUUUCGCAGCAAAGGCCGUUUUCCCACACUGUCAUACUACUACAGGGAAACCCAAGCAGUCAUAUGUCGCAGCAGCCAGCCUCUGUCUGGCUUUAGUGCUCGAUGCCUGGAAGAUGAACAGAUGUUGGAGGCCAUCAUGAAGUCCAAUCCUGGCAGCCGAUUCAUGUAUGUUGUGGACACCAGACCCAAGCUGAAUGCAAUGGCAAACCGGGCUACUGGAAAGGGUUAUGAAAAUGAGGAUAAUUACACCAACAUCAAGUUUCAGUUCAUUGGCAUUGAAAAUAUUCAUGUGAUGAGGAACAGUCAACAAAAAUUGAUUGAAGUGUCCGAUCUUCCGUCUCCAUCCAUGGGGGAAUUCCUGUUGGGACUGGAAACUUCUGACUGGUUAAAACACAUCAAAUCAAUAUUAGCAGCUGGAACCUUCAUUGCCAAGGCUGUGGCAGAAGAAGGGGUCAGUGUCUUGGUCCACUGCUCCGAUGGUUGGGAUCGAACAACUCAAGUGUGCUCUUUGGCCAGUGUGCUCCUUGACCCUUUCUACAGGACUCUCAAGGGCCUCAUGGUGCUGAUUGAAAAAGACUGGGUUUCAUUCGGACACAAAUUUUCUCAUCGAUAUGGUCAUGUAGUGGAAGAACCCAAGGAGGCGUCACCUGUUAUAGACCAGUUCUUGGAGUGUGUGUGGCAACUUAUGGAGCAGUUUCCUUGUGCUUUUGAAUACAAUGAACGAUUCCUCAUCAGCAUCUACAAUCAUGUGCAUUCUUGUCAUUAUGGCAACUUCAUUUGCAACAGUGAAAAAGAGAGAAAAGAUCUUGGUAUUAGAGAGAAGACACACUCCUUAUGGCCUCACUUAUGGAAGAAUAAAGUGGAUUUUGUGAACCCUCUGUUCAGAGCAGACCACAGUCAGACUAAGGGAGUUCUACAGCCCCUCACCACCCCCUACUGUUUCAAGUUUUGGAGAGGGUUGUAUAAUCAUUUUGACCGAGGAUUGCACCCUCGUCAGUCUGUGCUGGACUCUCUGAUGGCUAUAAAAGAGGAAACACAGCAGCUGGAAGAAGUGCUGACCAUUUAUCAACAGAAACUAGCUGGUGUGGGCAGAGAGCAAGCAAAUGAUCUCUUUGUCAAAAAGCAUGGAAUGAAGAAUAGCCAAGGUCUCUGGGCUGAGCCUACACACAUUAGGCUUGCCAACUCGCCUCAGGAUUACAAUGGUGGAAAUUUAGUUUCUGGUCCUAAAGAUUUGCUCCCCCAGCAGAGGAAAACCAAUCUUGAUCUCAGCCUAUUUGGAGACACAUCUGAAAGCUCAGAUCCUGACAACAGUGACCAGGAGUCAGAAGGUGCUGACUUCAGCUGCCAUUCCUGUAGUGGUGGGGCUUCACCACCAAGUGAAGAUAGUGUCAAGGACCCAGACUCAGAUGAUCCUGCCUUCAACAAUGCCUGAAAGAAAAAGUUACAAAUAAAAAAUGAAAGCCAUAGAAUUUUAAAUGGGACUGUGCAAUUAUAGCGGAAAAUAAAAUGGGAAUGUCGUGGGCAUUUGAAUGUAGUUGUUCAGUAAUAUCUCUAAUAGGCAUAUAUGUCUGUAUUAAUUAAUUGCCUGUAUAAAGGGCAGUGCUGCUAUAUUUAUUGCAUUUAUGGCAUUGUGGUUUUAUAUUUGCAUGAAACGUGCAUGUUAUAACAAUCUUAAAUUUAUGCCAAAGACAUUAAAGUCAAAAGAAUUUUAUUUACCAAACAUACCAUUUGUGCUAAAGUGAGAUAUGUAGGUACACAAGCAGGGUCCACCCACAGCUCUUGACAAUUUUUAGUCCAUAGAAUACAUUAAUUUCACUUAGACAUCUCCUUUCCCCUGUGCCCUGCACUGUACACUGAUGUAUCAAAACAUUGUGGAAAAAUGACAAAAAUAUAACAUGAUAACUCAAGCAAACUAAAUAGGAAGCAUAUGAUACAAACAUGGGAUCUAGGUGCUGAUUUUUGAAAUUGUACAAAAAUCGCUACAUGUUGGUUUGGUCAUAAUGUUAUUUUGUUGGACAUUGGAGCUGUAUAUUGGGUUUAAUUAAGGAUGUGUACAGAAGCAGAAUACAUGUCUUAAGCUACAGGAGAUAAGAUAUAGUAUGUUAUUUAUAAAUUGAUUUUGAAAGGUCAUUCUUCAGAUUGCUCAAACUUGCUUGUCACAACUAAUGCAAUGUUACUCAAAUAAAUAACUUCACACGA